CAUCCCAGGGAUUGCUGAUGUCAGAGCCCUACCCACUGGGACCUUAGGUGCUCCAAGAGAUCUGACUCCUGAAAUCAGAGCCAGCACAGUGGCCCUUCCCAGUGUUUUGGCAGGCAGCCAUGGGCGGGACCUCUGAGUCUCAGCAGCCAAUGCGGAGCGUGACUGUCAUGCAAAAUCCAACCCUCUGCCCCUGCUCCCUGUUCUAAUACACCUGCAAAUCCCUGUAGCAAUAGUUACCCUGUCCUCACUUCCCAACAUGCCAACCAUUGAACUGGAUACCAACCUGCCCGCCGACCGCCUGCCUGUCGGGCUGGAGAAGCGUCUAUGCCAGGCAGCUGCCACCAUCCUGAACAAACCCGAGAAUUACAUAAACGUGAUCGUGAGGCCAGGCCUGACCAUGCUGCAUCUCAGCUCUGAGGAGCCCUGUGUCCAGCUGCGCAUCAAUGCCUUUGGUGUGGUGGGUACUGCCGAGCAGAACCGCAGCCACAGCGCCCGAUUCUUUGAGUUUCUCUGCAAGGAGUUGGCCCUGGGUCAGGACAGGUACACAAAGCCACUGGCCACACCCACCAGAGUUGCAGGGGCGUGUGGGGGCGGGGUGGGGGUGACUGCAGAUCCUUGGGAUUGUGGUGUUGAUCUCCUGAGACUGUGAAUCCUACAAUUAGGAAGACUGGUGGGCUUGGUUAAGCACACAGCACCCACAUGGAGGCCCUGUGCCAUCUGUCCUAGGUAGGCGGGGCAUGUCUGCAGCUGUUAUCAACUAUUCUGCCGAGGUCAUGGAGAAAUCAUGACUGGUGGGAAUGCUGAGCGAGGUUGGCCUGGAAGCCUUGUGUGAGCUCCUGGGGGAGGGUUGCAAAAUGACCCCUUAGCCACGGAGCUGAUAGCUUUUUCUUUGUCUUCUAGGAUAGUCAUCCGCUUUUAUCCUGUGGAACUCUGGCAGGUUGGCAUAAAUGGGACGGUUGCAACAUUUUAUGAUUUCACCAAGUG